UCCUUCUAGCAGCACCCAACAGCUCUUCCAACGACAGCUCCCCGAAGAACCAUUGAAGAGUUUAGACACCGCCUCUUUUAUUCGUAUUCUUAUUCGUUUGUUUUUUCUUCAUUCUUUCUUCAUUGACUAGAAGAAUCUUCAUCGUGAAACUUUUCCAAAAUCCGCAUAGUCGCUUUUCUAAUAUUCAAUUCAAAUCAGCAAUGUGAUGGUUAUAUUUUUUGAAAACAGUGGAUCUGUCCGAAAAUUAUAAAGAAUGCAUGUUCGAUACUUACAGCACGAACACACAGGCACUGUCCAACUUCUUCUUAUGCCUCUUUCUACGGCGGCUUCAUUUAAGAGUGCUAAAUGGACCGAAGAGGAGGGAGAAGAAGAAUGUGAUUCAGUGCCAUUGCCGAUUCAAACCUUUCUCUGGAGACAAACAAAUCCUUUUCUUGGCGAUAAAAUAGGAAAGCUCCAUGAAGCAUCUUGUGUGACAUUUGAACGUGUUGUUGUCCAAAAUAUUCUUCAUGGAUUGUCUCCUUCACUGAGUAAUGCACUUGCCAGUGUAUCUAGAUGGAAAUUAGUUCGAGCCGCGUUACCGCACGUUAUACAGUGUUGCGGAUCGUUGCUUUUAGCAAACGUUGGUGAAAAGAAGCUCCCAACCUCCCUCCAAAAAAUUCUGUAUAUAUUGCACUGGAUGUUAAUUGAUUCAUCGUCUGAAUGCAUAGAAAAUGCAAGUACCAAGGAUGAUCGAUCUGUUUGUCAGUCAAGAACUCAAGGCCUUUUUAACAUCUCCUCAAUUCAAUUGUUUAUCUACCUGAUCGCACCGCUAGCCGAUGUGAUAUCAGAAGAAGAAGUAGUGGAUAACAUUCGUCUUGAAUCGGGACUAAAAGUUUGGCAAGCAAUUUGGCAAUUCCGCCAACCUGAUGUUUGGUGUUUUUCGGCUCCUGUGAAACAGAGACGAGAUGAACUACCUCAGAUCACAUUUGCUAGAAGGCAAAAUCCGGCGCAAUUAGACACGCAGGGAAUAUAUUUGGGAAAAGAUGAAAAUACAGUAAGAAGGCCAAGUAUAGUACCACCACCGAAACCUCCACGAACUGAUGUUACUGUUUUGAAUGAGAAGCGAAAGUUAGAAGAGGAGAAGAUGAAAAUGAAAGAAGACUAUGUUGCAAUUGAAAUUGAAGCUCCUUCACUAAAACCGAAUGAUUUAUUGAUUGAUAUGUCACAAGGUGUUCGAAACAAGGAAUUUGAGCGAACAAGUUCAAUUGUCAGAAGCGUCAGCGAAUACAAGACAAAUCUUUGUGGUCAAAAAGAAAAACUUGCAACAGUAUCAAAAAGCCGAACAAGUGACGCAUUUGAUUCGAGUCCAACAUCCGACUCAUCCGCGAAUAUGCUGGAAGAAGUAGAAGGAAUCAAAUUUUCCGAAAAUGAAAAUUGUUCCUUAUCUGCAGUAUUUUUUAGUUCCGAUCAGGCACCCCUGGUUAAUUUAUCUGACAUAUGCAGUGGUUUUUCGAUUGAAGAACCACAUGACUCAACACAAUCUUCAGUGGAGGUCCCUCAACACCCAGUUUUGGAAUCUUCCAUGUUCCUAUCAACGACCUCGUCUGCAUCGGACGUACCUCCAUUUGUGUUAACUAGAGCGUCUACUGCAGAAGACACUACUUCUUCAUGUUCUCAGCAAACAGUAAUACCACUUGCCAUGCCAGUGACAACCGAAACAACAACAUUACCGGUUACUCUCCCAAAAUCAGCUCUCACAAAAACAACGAAUGAAAACAGAAGAACAGAUCAUCAGAGGAUGCCUUCUACUCAAAAAAGCGUAUCAGGAAGUACCGACGACGAGCUAGAUGAAGGAUCUUUUUCGGAUCCCACAAUAGCCUCUUAUCUUGAUGUUGCAGUGAUCAGAGCACUUCUUAUUACUCAUUGGCAGGAAAAGGGAGUUUACUGGGCAUUGAGCUAUAUUCACAACCGAUUAAUAGAAAUAAAAGCCUAUAUGAUAAUUCGAAAGAGUACACGGCAAAGAAGCAACUCAUUGCCUAGUGGAGAACGAAAAUUAUCUGUCGCUCCAGAACAACUGACAAACCCUGUGUGGGAUGAUUUGAAAAUUGAGAACAAACCAGAGGAAGGAAGAUCUCACUUACAUGUAGCAUUCAACGACACAGAACGGAGAAAAAGCAGUGACAACUGCCUUGCACCCCAUCCUACUACAAAUUCUCGACGAAGUUCACUUAAUACGCUAUCACGACGGGGUAUAAACCGGUCAAAUCCAUCUUUGAGCAACUCGGUAGAAGUACUUUCAAUCAGAGAUGACGCCGAAGAUGAUGUCUCCAACAUUUCAUCAAAAUCAAUAGAGAAAGAAAACACAAAAUUGAAUGCAGUGUUUUAUCCUGAGGCUCUUGGUUCUACAAACUUUAUUGAAAAAGAUGGAAAAAUAUCAGCAACAGUCAUUGUGCAGACAGUUAAUCAAGUCAUGGACAGAUGCACCGGGGUACGACAAUGCGAACUAGCCCUCAAUAUUGCUGAUGUCCUACUUGGAACCCCAUUAGAACAAACUGAAACAUUUUUCGUGCAAUUGAAUAUUAUGGUUUUUAAAAUUUAUUUAUGUCUUGGAUGCCCUCAUGGAUGCAACGAAGGAGUUAAAAGCCCUCAUGGUGAUUUUCUACGCGCAAAAGCCAAGGCGAUAUUAGCAGGACUAGAAAGAGUACAACCUGAUAAGUUCAAAAACAUAUUAAACGACUAUGUUGAUAACUAUGGAACUCAACAAGUUAUUGAUUUGCUUCAUUCUAUAACAUCAUUUUGUCGCUCCGAGUUAACAGCCUUAGAUGGUCGUCGAGCGUCAGAAAGUCGCGUUCCUUCUUACCGCAAUACGUUCAACGAGAAAGAUAAAGGAAUUGAAGGAAGAAUCAUUAAUGCCACUUAUAAGACGCUCAUAACCAAAAUUUCGGUAAUUUCUGCAGAGCUUUCUCUUCCUGAAAAUAUGAGUCUUCAACAAGAUGUCCGAUUGUUGGUUAAUUUUGUACAAGAACAUCAUGGGAAUCCGUUUCGAAGAGUGGGACUAUCAGCUCUAAAAGAUGCUACUUGUAAAAACCCAACUACCUCAGACUUCCACACAAAAGAAGAUCAAACAGGUGGUUCGCCGGGUGCUCAAUCCCAAAAGCAGAGUAACGAUCAGGCAUCACUCAGAAGAGGCUUAUUCAAAAAGAAAAAUGAGAAAUCUGGUGGAACCACAACUGGAAAUGAUGAUUCAGAAGGAGACUCCUCACCCUCCACACCAAGAACCGUGUCAUCUAUGGAUGAUGGGGUAUCCCCAUUAGCGAGUACAUCGUAUUAUAAGAAAAAAAGUGCCCCAAAACUUCAUUUUGCAUUUGGUCUGUUGAAAAGUGUGAAACCAGACAUGGAUGAAGAAAUUUCGGAUAAUGAAAAUGAAGAAGGAACAUCCAAUGAGGAAGCAGGGCUUCCGCAAAGAAGGCCACUACGACAGAGUUCCAAACAAGUUAAAGCAAGAUUACCAAUAGAUUCAAAGGGAGGUAUGCGAUUGUGGGGCACAUACGUUCCACCGCCAAAUUACAUUGAUGCGAAAGGAAUAUUCGAUGGAGCACGUCGCUUUGCAUUUCUACUGGAAACUGCCAGACCGGGAACGUUUCCAGAUGCUCCACUUAUUGCUGCUAUCAUGCACCUUAAAUCUCCUGUAUUGGCUCGAGCUUCUCUUCUUCUUGAAUGUGCAAAUUUAGUGUCCAGAUGUAAUCGUGGACAAUGGCCCGAAUGGAUUCGAUCAUCUCAUCACAGAACGUUCAGUCUUGGAGGAGCACUCGCAAAUCGGGGAACACCUUCUGCAACAAGGAGAAUGCAUAGCUUACAAAGACAGGCUGGAAGAUACUUUUAUCAAUGGGGAGUUCAAAUUGGAGAGCAUAUUUCAAAAUUAUUAGAAUUGUCUGAAAACAAAAGCAAGAAAACUUUGCAAAUGGAAGAUACAAUUGAAGACUUUUUCGAUGAUGGAAUUGUAAAUAACCAAAAUGGAGAAAAGUGCCCGAUUGCUUUACAGUUCAUAGCAGUUCUACUUCUUCAAGAAAUCACUGCAUUCUUAAGAGAAACGUUCAAGACAAUUCCACGUUCCAAAAAUUCAAAACCGCAAACUGGGAACUCUGGUUGGGAUAAGUUACUGAGCCACAGGCGAUGGUCAAUUUUAUCCAAUACGUUUAAUGCACAACAAACUGGAAGUGUUAACAGUAUCACCGAAAUUAAUUCAUCCAUACACUUAAACGACAAAGAGCGUCGAAUCAGUUUCUCUGCCACAGAGGAAGAUUCACCACGUGGUUCAAAAGAUGCAAUCGAUGAAAUCAACGCAGUGGAUAAAAAAGGUUCCAUACACAUGCAAGUAGUUCGCCCCCCGUCCUUAUCUGCCCGACUUUUUUCACGCCAGUCAACUCAUGAAGAAUCUGGAGGAUCAGCACAAGGAUCCACAAAAUCAACCACUUAUGUGCCGGAAACAGGUCGGAGAAUUGCAACGGGACGUCAACGCCUUUUAAAACGGGGAUCGCCAAUGGCAACUGGUACUCAACCGUCAUUAGAAUCUUCACAUAAACGGAAAUCGUUUCGAAACCGAAAACAGUCGAAACAGGCUCACCUGGAAGAAGAGGAAAAAUCAGAUGGAGCUGGAGCCACACAUAUUCUCUCAGCACGUGAAUCGCUGAAACCAACAGAUGAUGGUCUUCAAUCCCCUGUUGAAUCAGUGCACCCAGUCAUUAUUCCGCAUUCAAACCAUGGAAGUGCCCAUAGUCAGCAACCAGUGGUUUUAAAAUCUUCUAUGGAUGAUGAAGAGCAACAUAUGUUAUCGAAUCUUCCGUGGAUCAAAGUACUGAUCAAAUUUUCCAACUCAUUUGACUUAGAGUGCAAUCAUGUUGGUGUAUGCAGUGCAAAGUGCUUUCAAAGAGUGCAUCGGCAAUGUUUUCGAAUGAUUGAAUCACUUUCGACGUUAUAUGGAAUGGAAAGAAACGUUUCUACAAGGGCUGAUAAACGGAAUUUGUUGGCUGACAAUUGGCAGGCAAAACAACAAGCUUUGAGAAAGAGCAUUCAUGCUAGACAAUCCACGGCAGUUCCUCGACGAGAAUCUGCAAUGGUUGGACAACCGGAGUUUGCGAGCAAAGCCAUAAAAAUGAUGCUGAUGGAGAAAAUGCAACAGGAAAAAGAAAAAGAGAAAGAGAAAGAAAAGGAGGAGAAGGAUGCACUGAAGAAACAGUCCGUAGAACAAGACCAUAGUUCAACUGAUACGGAAGAAGAUGCACAAUUACCAGAGAAGAACAAACCUAUGCUCACUUAUUUACGAUCGUUAGUUCUCCAAUUGGUACAUUCCCCAAUCUCAUCGGUUUUGAAAUGCUGCUUGUUGCUCAGUGUGGAACAGCAUAAACAGAUGAUUGAAGUUUGCUGGAAGAUGUUGAUCCACGAAGAUCCACAUGUCGUGGCUAGUGCUGCAAGCAUGUUCAUUGUAGCAAGUGUUAAGAAGUCCGAAGAAUCCCUUCUCAUUAUCAAAACUGCACUAGAUUCCCAGGAUCCACAAGUAAGAACCAGCGGGAUUCAACGAUUUUACACCCUUUGGAGAAAUCGCUUUCACGCUUGGUUGAAAAUGGAGGACGGAGCCCAGGCAUCAUUCAAAGUGCCACCACCUGGAAUAGACUUCACACUACCGUCUCCUGCUAUAGGUCAAUCUCAAUUGCCCGUUGUUGACCCUCCUUGGAUGCCACACUUGAAAACUAAAAUUGAGGAGCUUAGCCUCAAGGAGGAAGAACAUGCUACUUCACAAACAAUAAUGACAAUGACGCGAACAAGACGAAAACAAAAACAGGAAAUGGUAAAAAGAGCUGUUAGGGAGGCAGAAGAACGACAGAGUGAACAACGGCAACUGUUCCGACUGAGAAGUUCGGCAAUAGUUAGUUUGGCAGCUUACGAGCCAGCACUUUUUCAUCAUCAGCAAGAGCAGACAGAAGAAUCUGAUAAUUCCCAUCAACACGCUCGCCACGUGAUGCCUGUAGCUCAACCACUAUUCCCAUCAGCCCUGCUAUCAGUGGUUCCACAAAUUAUUGAACUUCUUGAUGACCCUCAAGUUGACAACAAUGGAGUUUCUGUUGGCGACGUAGCCAAAAAAGUGAUUUGGACAUGCAUCGUCGAAGACCCGUCUUUAUUCUUAAGACAUUUUUUGGAGAAAUUAACAAAUCGAGAUAGACAGGAGGCCCUUAUGUCACAGCUUCGAAAAUUAGUCCUGCGAUUUCAUCCACUUCCCAGUCAAGCUGCUCACUCUUUGUUAAACUAUUUGUUCGGAUUUGUCAUGCACUAUGUUCGGGCUCAGUGUGAGGGAUCAGAGAAAGCCAUUGGAAUGGCGUUAUCAAUAUGUUGGCUAUUAUCUCCCAACAUCCAUGGACUGUAUUUCAAGGAUCUUAAACAGACUUUGAAAAAAGAACAAUGUGAUCAAGCCUUAAUGAUCACUGCAAACGUUCCCUCUGCCAAGAAAAUUAUUGUACACGGUCUAGACUCUACUUCUGGCGGCAUACCCAGUCAAUUUCCAGUUCACGAGGACACACAAUUUCAUCAAAUUCUCAAUGAUAGUCUUGAGUUUUUCAAUAUCGACGAAGAUGACCUCAACUGUUUUUAUCUCACCGAUACAAAAACGGGAGUAAUACAUUUACCUGCUGCCUAUGUGAGAGACUAUUACUUCUUUCAUCGUUCUUUUUAUCCUCAAUUGACACUGGUCAAAUUAUCACCUGAAGUUGCUGAGAAAAAAAUGAAAGAGACCGCGUUUCAUCAAAAGUUUAUUGAAUGUGGAAAAGUACUGCUGACGCACAAUAUACUGAAGUACAGUCCACAGCAUGUGAUUGCACAACGGGUAUUUUUCCUACAUGAUGAAUUCACUCAUCUCCCAAGUUUCCCGCGAAAGUCCCUCGAGACUUGUUUUGGAAUGUACUUUGGACCAGGUGGGGAACAAUUAAAAGCAAUGGAAUCAAUGCACAAAUUUGUGUGGGCCAAGAUGAUGUCCGACAUGUUCGAAAAAAUGGAAAAUGCAUUUAUGUUUGCUGACUUGCAUUUGUUCAUCAAUGUGAUUAACGGGAUAAUGAUAAUGCACUGCGAAGAUGUCUUGAUUUUGAGAAGAUGUGCAGCAACAUAUAUCAGCAUAUCAAUUCAUUUCAAUACUCUUUUCGCAUCUCAAGGAUUUUUUCUUAUCAUGCCGACUCUUCUAAGAUGCUACAGUCAACGUCAGACAAACAAAGUAUUCUGUGGAGUUGUGGAAUUUAUCUGCCGCCAAUUCUAUACUCUACAUAGAAAACCAUUUCUUCUACAGAUGUGUGGCGCUAUUGCAAACAUAAUUGAUAACUCUUCAAAUGACUUUGAAAUCAAUCCCAUGAGAGUUAAAGCAAAGUAUUGGUUUAAUUUGAUCAAAAAAAUGGAAGAAAUAACUGACGAAGACCCACUAGAUAUCCUGGGAUUGGUUCCUUAUGAGAAACCAUUGAAAGCUUUGGAUUUAUGCUAUAGAGACGAUCCAAACACGUUUUGUGCUCUGACUGAUGCAAUGGCAAGUUGUAUUUGUGUUUGUGCAUUUUCCCCGGAGAGCAAAAGGAGUCAUCAUAUGUUGUUAAUCAUGCAAGCAAUGCUGCCCCAUAUGAUGAAGCGAUUAGAAGAAGAAACGCUCCAAUCAGGAAACUCCCCAGCAGCAGUUAAACAUGAAAUAUCGCAAUGGAUCACAAUGGCUGUCGAAAUGAAAGCUUUAAUUAAUAGUUGCGAGCAACUGGUUAGAGGGCCUACUCGUGCAUUUGACCUGGUAAACAGUGUUUCCGAACGAGGAAAAAGCUUUGUUGCCGACUCACCUCAGUUUUUCGACCCGCCGACUACAAAUGAAGACGAAAAUUCUAGACCUUAUCAUUUGAAAGAAAAAAGAUCCACUGCGGUUGCAUGGGAAGCUGCUGAAGUAGAGGAACAACAAAAGGAAACGUAUCGACGGCCACGUGAUACUCUUCUUCAAUUGAUAGCAGCUUAUAUAGAAAUGGCGUCGGUCCGUCUGAAAGAACUUACCAAACUAGGUGCAAACCUAGAACACGCCAAGAUUCCUGACGUGCUUGACCACAAAUGCUAUGUGAAACUUGGAGAAGUUGCAUUGGCCUUGUUGAAAGUUGCUCCCUAUGAUUUAUCAACUACAACGUGUCACGGUCUUCAGAAAUAUUUCCAGAUAAUACUACCAGUUACUGAUUGGAGUAUAGAGUCUAACAGGAGUGCUCUCAAUAUUAUUCUACGACGAUUAGACAAAACACUAUCCAAGAUUGCCAAACGUCAAAGUUUUCGAAAAAGAGCUAUUUGGAUAGCACUUUCAUCGUGGAUUAAUGGCAUUUGUGAUACUCUAAAUGCAUUUCCGUACAUCGCACAUCUUCAUCCACUUCGAACAAUAACACAGCUAUGCUUGAGAAUGAUGGUUGGAGAUCCAUGUGUUGAAGAUAGCGCAGCUUCCACCGCACUUCAUCCAACAACUGUUUUACAUCCAACUCCACCGCCUCAAACUUUUGCAAAUGCGGUCCUCAGAUUAACCACUAUUUUAAUGCAAGCCUUAGGGCAGUUUGCCUUCUCCUUGGAUUUUGUCACUUCAACUGAAGGUAUGGGUGUGUCUUCUGAACGUCUUGAAGCUGUAUUGUGUCACGUUUUGAUUCCCCUGUUUCUCCGAAUUCCUAACAAUCCAAAGGAGCAAUCAAUAUUUCAAGCAAAAGAUCUGUCACAAUGCUUGACAGUCAUGCAAAAUGCAAUUUCACCUCCGCUUGUAAAACAACAAGCUCCACCAUUAAUAAGUACAAGUACUCUGACAACGACUUUCAUUAGAGGGGCGCAAGAUGUCACAGGACGUCAAGGAUCCGUUUCUGUCACCGACAGAGGCCAUUCUGCAACGGUUUCCACUCAUCGAAUCGUUAGAGAAAGCAUUUGCCAGGCUAUUUACUUAGGCCUGAAAGUACUUAUGCUGACAUUUGGAAAACUGUUAGCACCAAUGUGGCCCAGAGUUGCUCGAAUUGUCAAAGAUUUGCUUGCUAAAAAGCCUGGUGCUCCAACAUCUAUGGCCUUCGUGGAUUUUUUGCUUCAUUCAAAUCUGCCAAUUUCGCUGUUUAUCUUGCCAAUGAUCCAAAACAAGAUGAAGCAAAAGCCUGGAACCGAUCAAGAAGCAGCAUGGCAAACAGAAAUUCUUGAAAAACUUGAUGCAAAAUCUCAUAACAUCGUUCCUCCAUCAAUUCUUUUGGUCAAAUGCUACCAGGAACUUCAACAGCUGAAAGAAGAAUUGACAAUGAAACCUAUUGAGAUGACAAGAAGUUACACGCCAACAAUGGCCGACCCACAUUCAGAUUCAUCAGCUGCUUCGACUGCCCCCCGUGGUGCAAGUUCCCGUCAAAGUAUUGAUCGACGAACAAGCGUUCACAUGAAAAAAGUUUUACCAACUAUGAAAGAAGAUAUACCAGAAGAUCCAGAAGAUUCGGAAGAUGUUAUAGAUUCUAACUCAACAGGGCAAGUUACUUCUAGAAUAAGCAAAAGCCCGAGCAUACCUCUUAACAAAACACAUCAAUCGAGUCGGACUCGGUCAGUCAGUGGAUUUGGAAUGUGGAGAAGUGUUCGAAGGAAAUCACGUCAUGUGUCAAGUGCUGAGGAAUCGUCUGAAGAGCGCGGCAGCGUAGAACUACACGAUGUUGGCCAUCAUUCUGCUCUUCACGAACCAAAUCGUACUCCAAAUCGUCGAUCGACAGAAGCAUUGGUUUUACCGUUACACGAAAGCAUCGAUACAAAUAGACAUAGAUUUGUCUCAUUUUCAACUCCAAAGAAGACACACGAAGUGUCAGAAGACGUCUUUCAAAUAACAGAACAACAUCAAUUGGUCUAAUUUUGUAUUAUCAUGGUAACAUUUCUCAUAUAUUUUCAGUCUUAAUAUUUUUUGUUAACCAUUUCUAGUCAUUUUCUGUUCUAUUUGUCAAUUCUUUUAAACAGCGGGUUAUACUUUGCAUUUCUACAAAAUUCUAGUUUUUCUGUCGAAAAAUAAAUAGUUUGAUGUUAA